AUGCCCAAGAUGAUAGGCGAGGCGGCCACAACAUCUGCACCAACACCAACAUCAGGGGUGAUAGGACCAGCAGAAUCCAGUGACACAGGAAGACCUCCUAGGCCAGUGGCAUGGGUUACUUCCAGUCAAAAAGGAGAAGGCACUCAGAAAGCCAAAGUAUUUACCCAGACACCAAAUAUUCAAGCUCACCAAAGCAUCCAUAAAAGAGACAAACCUUACAAAUGUAAAGAAUGUGGGACAUCUUUCUCCUGUUUCUCAAGGCUUAAAGUUCACCACAGAAACCAUACUGGAGACAAACCUUACAAAUGUAAUGAAUGUGGAAGAUCCUUCUCCCGUUCAUCAUGUCUUAGAGUUCACCACAGAAUCCAUACAGGAGACAAGCCUUACAAAUGUAAUAAGUGUGGUAAAUCAUUUAUACAGUCCUCAGAUCUUAAAAUUCACUACAGAAUCCAUAUUGGAGACAAACCUUACAAAUGUAAUGAAUGUGGGAAAUCCUUCACACGUUCUUCAAGUCUAAGAGAUCACCAUAGAAUCCAUACAGGAGACAAACCUUACAAAUGUAAUAAGUGUGAUAAAUCAUUUACACGGUCCUCAAAACUUCAUGUUCACUACAGAAUCCAUACUAGUGAGAAACCUUACAAAUGUAAUGAAUGUGGGAAAUUCUUCACCCAUUCUUCACAUUUAAAAGUUCACUACAGAAUCCAUACAGGAGAAAAACCUUACAAAUGUAAUAAGUGUGGUAAAUCAUUUACAGAUUCCUCACAAUUCCAUGUUCACUACCGAAUCCAUACUGGUGAGAAACCUUACAAAUGUAAUGAAUGUGGGAAAUCCUUCACCUGUUCCUCAAAGCUUCAAGUUCACCACAGAAUCCAUACAGGAGACAAACCUUACCAAUGUAAUGAAUGUGGGAGAUCCUUUGCCCGUUCCUCAGGUCUUAGAGUUCACCACAGAAUCCAUACAGGAGACAAGCCUUACAAAUGUAAUGAAUGUGGGAAAUCCUUCACCCAUUCCUCAAGUCUUAGUGUUCACCAUAGAAUCCAUACAGGAGACAAACCUUACAAAUGUAAUAAGUGUGGUAAAUCAUUUACACGGUCCAUAAAUCUUAAGGAUCACUACAGAAUUCAUACUGGAGACAAACCUUACAAAUGUAAUGAAUGUGGGAAAUCCUUCACCAGUUCUUCAAAUCUUAAAGUUCACCACAGCAUCCAUACAGGAGACAAACCUUACAAAUGUAAUAAGUGUGGUAAAUCAUUUACACAGUCCUCACAACUUCAUGUUCACUACAGAAUCCAUACUGGUGAGAAACCUUACAAAUGUAAUGAAUGUGGCAAAUUCUUCACCACUUCUUCAAGUCUUAGAGUUCAUCACAGAAUCCAUACUAGAGACACACCCUACAAAUAG